CUCCGCCCACCCGGAACCCCCCAGAUCCCCGGACUCCCCCCGGACGCCUGUGGAGGGGUUCUGGGGGGUCCUGGGGGAGUUUUGGGGGAUCUUCGGGGGUUUUGGGGGGUCCUGGGGAGUUUUUUUAGGGAUCCCCCAAGAUCCGGGUCAAACCUCCUCUGGAAACCUGUGGGGGGGUUUUGCUCCCUCCCCCCAAAGCCCGGGUCCCUUUAAGGGGGAACCUGGGACACCAGAGUCCCCCCCCAAAAUUCUCGUGUCCCCUCCCCCCAGGACACCUUCCCCCCCCCAAAGUGAGAGCAAAGCACGAUGGGAACCCAGAGACCCCCCCCCCGACCCCCCCAGCCCCCCAAUAAGGGCGAUAAAGGCGAUAAAUCCGCGUUAAUUGUGAUUAAUCAAUUAAUCAUUAACGAGGCAAAGCCCUGAUAAGGCCCUACCUGAUAAGGGGGGGGGAUCAAGGGCGGCCCGAGGGCACCGGGGCUGGGGGGUCCCUCCCCUCCCAAAAAGGGAUCCAGGUGUGUCCAGGUGUCCCAAAAAGGGGACCCAGGUGUCCCCUGCCCCCCAAAAAUGGGGAUCCAGGUUUGUCCAGGUAUCCCAAAAAGGGACCCAGAUGUGUCCAGGUGUCCCCUCCACCCAAAAAGGGGCUCAGGUGUGUCCAGGUGUCCCAAAAAAAACCCCAGACAUGUCCAGGUGUCCCCUCCCCCCAAAAGGGGACCAGGUAUCCCCUCCCCCCCGGCAGGGUCACCUUGGGGCGGUGCCCACGGGGGGUAUAAGGGGAGGUGGGGACGGCACUGGGAGCACUGGGAGCCGCCAUGGGGAAGGAGAGUUUCGAGCUGGGGCCGCCGGCCCCGACCCCCAAAAAGGGCCGCGGGAAGAGGAGGGAGAAGGAGAAGCUGGAGGACAUGAAGAAGGAGAUGGAUGUGGAUGAUCACAAGCUCGACGUGAACGACCUGGAGAUCAAGUACAGCACCAGCGUCACCAAGGGCCUGUCGGAGGCCGUGGCGGCCGAGCGGCUGCUCCGGGACGGCCCCAACGAGCUUCGCCCCCCCCGCGGGACCCCCGAGUGUGUGAAGUUCGGGCGGCAGCUGGCAGGGGGGCUGCAGUGCCUCAUGUGGGUGGCAGCGGCCAUUUGCCUCAUCGCCUACGGGGUCCAGGAGGGAGAGGGAGACCGCGGCUCCUCCGACAAC